AUGUCGACCGAAAUGGAUUGGUAUCAUGACUACUGCCUCUCCUGCGAUCGCCAGCUCUCCGAGGGCGCUUACUGCUCCCAGGCCUGCCGUCUAGCAGACCUCGAAAACACGAAUUCAAACACGACGUCCGUUAAUACUCACAAUCACACUCACUCCGGCUUCUACCUCCCUCCUGCCGUCGACUUCGCUACCCACAGCCAAUCCGCUGAGCGGAGCAAAGCAUACUCCCAGCAAUCGAGUCCUUCCACACACUACUACACAUACUACUCUCCUCCAUCGCCGACAUGCUCCUCCUACAGCUCCACCUCUAGCUCUACCGCACAAACCUCACAGACUCAGGCAAAACGCCUCAGUGCUUCAUCAUCUCACUCGUCGUUAUCGUCCGUAUCGGGCAAUCAGACUGCUCCAGGCCUCACACCUCAAGCUGCAUCAGCGUUACAAGGCUAUGUCAGUUCCUUUGACCAAGUUCGGGAGCACAAGCGACGAUAUCGAUCCUAG